ACCGCAUAGGAUCUUCUGAAAUAGCGUUUCGUUCAAAAGUUCUCUUGCGCACAAUCUAGGGUUAGGGUUUCUUCUUCAGUUUCUUCGUGACAGAAAAUGAGUUCUACCGGCGGAUCGACGAAGGGAGGAAGGGGGAAGCCGAAGGCUUCGAAAUCUACGUCAAGGUCGCAGAAGGCUGGUUUGCAGUUUCCAGUAGGAAGGAUCGCAAGAUUCUUGAAGGCUGGGAAGUACGCAGAGCGUGUUGGUGCUGGAGCCCCCGUCUAUCUCUCCGCUGUGCUUGAGUACCUUGCGGCUGAGGUCCUAGAACUUGCUGGAAAUGCUGCAAGAGAUAAUAAAAAGAACAGGAUUGUACCAAGACACAUACAGCUUGCAGUGAGGAAUGAUGAGGAGUUGAGCAAGCUGCUUGGCUCUGUUACAAUUGCCAAUGGUGGUGUUUUGCCUAAUAUCCACCAGAACCUUCUUCCCAAGAAGACAGGCAAGGGAAAGGGUGAUAUUGGUUCUGCCUCUCAAGAGUUCUAGGCCUCUAGCUUUCUCAUAAUUGUAAAAUGUAGGCCUUUAGUCUUUCAACUCCCUCCUAUCAACGUUUUUUUGCACCUGAAGUCUCUUGCAGGCUUUUGUAUGAAUCUAAAUUAAAUUUCAAGGUUCAUGCUUUUCAUAUUUCUGUCAUCUUCCUGUUCAUUUUGAUUGUUUUUAGUAAAUCAAAAUUGAAUCUUGAAUGAGCAAGAUGUUGAUAGAAGGUUAGAUAUUGAUUGGGAGAAGUCCCAACCCUUCAUGGGUAUUGGGAUUGGAAAUCGACCAUUUCUCUUCUUGAGAUUAAUGGUAUGGUCAUUAUUGAAAUGUGAGACACUUGAUAAAUGUUUUAAAACUUC